AUGACGAAUAAAUACCCAAUUCAUCCUGAAGGAUUAAACUUGUGGCAAAAUCUUUAUAAUCAAUCAUUAACAAUUGAUGGAAAAGAAUCAAUUAUUCAAACAGAUGGAACAAAACAACUUGUUUUACUUCCGACUCAUCAAUUAUCUGGAUCAAGUAUUCAUUCAGAUGAUUUACCUACAAAAGCAAAUCUACUUACUACUGAACAAAAAACAACAGAAAUUGAAAAAAAUAAGAAAUCAAAAGCUCCAAUACAAACAAUAAAACCACCAAUUGUUCUAUCACCAAAAUUAAAGAGUACUAAAAAAUUGACAACAUCCAUCGACUCAAGUAAAAGUGAACGUAAUCUUCUAUCAUCAAUAACAACAAGAAGUAAAAAGAAAAAAGAUCUAUUAUCAGCAGUUAAAUCUUUAAUUACACCAUCACGUACACCAGCUCCUGUAACAUUAUCAACACCACAUGUUACUGAUUUAGUUCUUAUACGUCAUACAAGUACACCUAAACCUGGUGAAACAGCAUGUCGUAUUACUAUAGGUGGUAACAAUGAAGCAACACCUCUUUGA